AAUUAUUAUCUGAUUAUUAUCUGGAUGCACCCUCUUUUCGAGGGUGAAGGGGGGGGGAAGGGAUGGAUAUCCAGAUCCACGGGGCCCUUUAAUGUUUAAACACAGCACUAGGUUUUAAAAGUAUAUUGAAGGGGGUAGCGCGAGAAAAUGGACAAGAGACUGCCUUGUGCUGAUGCCGAGCUGAUGCCGAGCUGGAGAAUGAAAAAGAACAACCUUCCCGAGCGGAAACGACCGCGACCGAGCUGCGCCGAAGAGGCCCGACAAGUUUUGAACCCGUUUAACGCGUUUACUUGUUGUUGAACGAAUCUGAACGAAUGUACAAGGGGGAACGAGAAAUUCUCCGAGGAGAGGGGAUUGAUUGGGUCUGGAGCCUGAGGUAAAUGGAGCUGCCCUCUCAAUAGGAUAGAGUAGGAAGGUUAGGUUAGUCUCUCUCUCACUGCUCAAGUGUAAUGUACGUUCGAGUUCGACCUAAACAGUUCAAUUUAGCCACUAUCAAAAAUAUUUACUUUAUAUUUUACAUUAAAUGAAAUUUCGCAUUUCGAAACUCGUCAACUCUUGUGUGCCAAGUGCAUGUUGGAUCUCCGGCAGCUUUCUGUUCGAGUUGAAUAAAAAGAGUUUUGGUUCUUGGAAUUACAAGGAACUUUUUAAUCACGUUGAGUGAUUUUAAGUAGUGAAUUAAUACUGAUGCUGGAAGAAGUGACUUUCGAGAUACGGCAAUGGCAACGCCUCGAUUUCCCUGUUUGCACACUACAUCUCAUGGAUACUUUUUGAAUUCCGCGCACAGCGGAAUAAAGACAAUUCGAAACGUUUAAGCUCAUUUGCGGGAGUGACAUAAAAAAGCUGUGUGUAUUCAUUUAUGAGCGGGGCUGGUAGAGCUGGCAGUGCUGGUGCCAAUGACAAGAACCGACAACUGAGAACGAAGUGCGGUAAAAACGUGGGAAAACAGGUUCGGGCAGUGCUAGUCAAAUGCGAGUGGUGGGGUUCUAUUCGUUCACCGCCAGUUUUCGACAGCGACACAGCGUCAAUGUGACGGCACGGGAUUAUUUUUAAAUUUAAAUAAAUUAUAUUUCGUUAUUCCUUCGUUAUUCUUUCAACUUUAGAGUCUAUUUAUUUAUCCUAAUUCCAAAUUUUAAAGUGCAAUCUUCUUUGUUUUCUUCUAAUCAUUAUCUACCUACUGUUUUAUUGUGAGAGCAAAUUUUAUUUAUUAACACUGUUGAUGGACAAUGCCAUGGAUUUUAAACAGUGCACGUUGAGAGUAAAUUAGUUUAAAGCUCGCGUUUUUCUUCAGUAUUAUUCCAUCAUUAUUUUCAAGAAUAUGCAGUAAAAGUGCAAAUUUCCUCGAAUCCUACUAAAAUAUGAAGACUAUGUUUUUAUCCAUCUUAUCACCUCAAUAUAAACAAAUUGAAAAUGAAUCUUCACUACAUUUUGAUUGUACUUCCGCUUCUAGUAAUUGGUGUGAGAUGUGUAUGCGACAGCGGCUAUACCGGGCAAAAUUGCGAGAACGAAUACAUACCUUGCGAUCCUUCGCCUUGCUUGAACGGAGGCUCCUGUCAUCUUCUGGAACCCUUUCAGUACGAAUGCAUGUGUCCAGAUGGUUUCCGAGGAGAGCAUUGCGAAGAAAACAUCGACGACUGCAUCGGUAACCUCUGCCAAAACGGAGCGACAUGCAUGGACCGAGUGAACGAGUACUCGUGCCUGUGCCCGGCAGCCUUCAUGGGCACGCAGUGCGAGCUGGACGUGGACGAGUGCUCCGUGAGACCGUCGCUGUGCCACAAUGGCGCAACUUGCACCAACUCCCAUGGCAGCUACUCCUGCAUUUGCGUCAACGGCUGGACUGGGCCCGACUGCAGCGUCAACAUCGACGACUGCGCUGGUGCCGCGUGCUUCAACGGCGCGACUUGCAUCGACCGUGUUGGCAGUUUCUACUGCCAGUGCACCUAUGGGAAAACAGGUCUUCUUUGCCACCUGGAUGAUGCUUGCACGUCGAAUCCUUGUCACCAAGGAGCUAUCUGUGAUACAAGUCCGAUUAAUGGUUCUUUUACUUGCUCCUGUGCAAGUGGUUAUAAAGGUUUGGACUGCUCUGAGGACAUCGAUGAAUGCGAACAAGGCUCACCUUGUGAACAUGACGGCAUUUGUGUAAAUACUCCUGGCUCUUUCGCUUGUAAUUGUACCCAAGGUUUCACUGGACCAAGGUGUGAAACAAAUGUGAACGAAUGUGAAUCACAUCCUUGUCAAAACGAUGGCUCCUGUUUGGAUGAUCCUGGAACAUUUCGUUGUGUCUGCAUGCCAGGUUUUACUGGGACCCAGUGUGAAGUGGAUAUUGACGAAUGUGCAGCAAAUCCUUGCCUGAACAAUGGUGUGUGCACAGACAUGAUAAAUGGAUUCAAGUGCACUUGUGCUAACGGCUUCAAGGGAACACACUGUCAAGUGAAUAUCGACGAUUGCGCUUCGUCUCCGUGCCGAAACGGCGGCACAUGUCAAGACUCUAUCGCCAAAUACACCUGCGACUGUCCUCCAGGAUUCACGGGCGCUUCUUGCGAGACCAACAUCAACGACUGCCAAUCGAAUCCUUGCCACAGUGGAACUUGCAUCGACGGGGAGAACUCGUUCACUUGCAGUUGCUUCCUCGGCUUCACGGGCAACCUUUGUCAGACGCAAAUCGACGAAUGCGAAAGCAAUCCUUGUCAAUUCGGUGGUCGGUGCGAGGAUCGCGUAAAUGGCUAUCAGUGUAUUUGUCGACCGGGCACAUCCGGAAUCAACUGUGAGGUGAACGUCAACGAGUGCUACAGCAACCCCUGCAGGAAUGGCGCGCGUUGUAUUGAUGGAAUUAACAGAUAUUCUUGCGAGUGCGAGCCUGGAUUCACUGGUCAACAUUGCGAGAUAGACAUAAACGAGUGCGCCAGCAACCCAUGCGCGAAUGGCGGCCGCUGCAUAGACCUAAUCAAUGGAUUCAGAUGUGAGUGCCCAAGAGGUUACUAUGAUGCACGGUGCUUGAGUGACGUGGACGAGUGCGCCAGCAACCCUUGCGUCAACAAUGGAACGUGCGAAGACGGCGUCAACCAGUUCAUCUGCCACUGCCUGCCGGGGUACGGCGGCAAGAGAUGCGAGGCUGACAUUGACGAGUGCGGCUCGAAUCCUUGUCAGCACGGUGGAAUUUGCAACGACCAUUUGGACAGAUACAGUUGCCAGUGUCUGGCGGGGUAUUCUGGGACGAACUGUGAGACGAACAUCGAUGACUGCGCAAACAGUCCUUGCCAGAACGGCGGCUCUUGCAUCGACCUCGUCAAUGACUACAAAUGCGUUUGUGAGUUGCCUCACACUGGCAGGAACUGCGAAGAUAAACUCGAUCCUUGCUCGCCCAACAGGUGUCUGCAUGGUGCCAAGUGUUCUCCAUCGUCGAACUUCCUCGACUUCGCCUGCACUUGCACCGUAGGCUACGCCGGCCGACUGUGUGACGAGGAUGUGAACGAGUGCAUUAUGACCUCCCCUUGCAGAAACGGAGCGACCUGCAGGAACACGAACGGAUCCUACCACUGCGUCUGCGCCAAGGGCUACGAGGGACGGGACUGCAUCAUAAACACCGAUGAUUGUGCUUCGUUUCCCUGCCAGAACGGCGGCACCUGCUUGGACGGCAUUGGCGACUACACGUGCCUCUGCGUCGACGGCUUCAGUGGCAAGCACUGCGAAGUGGACGUCGACGAGUGCCUCUCGGCGCCGUGCCAGAAUGGAGCGAUAUGCAAGGAGUACGUCAACUCCUACGCCUGUCAGUGUCAACUGGGCUUCUCGGGCAUCAACUGUCAGACGAACGACGAGGACUGCACCGACAGUAGCUGCAUGAACGGCGGGAAGUGCAUCGACGGGAUCAACAACUUCACCUGCGUGUGCCAGCCCGGCUACACCGGCUCCAACUGCCAGUACCGGAUCAACGAGUGCGACAGCUCGCCCUGCCUGAACGGCGCCACGUGCCACGACCACGUGACGCACUUCACUUGCCACUGUCCCUACGGCUACACGGGGCAGCGCUGCGACGAGUUCGUCGACUGGUGCGCCGACAACCCUUGCGAGAACCAAGCCACCUGCGUGCAGCACAAGAACAAGUACCACUGCACCUGCUCGCCGGGCUGGACGGGCAAGGUGUGCGACGUGGAGAUGGUCUCCUGCAAGGACGCCGCCACCAGGAAGGCAGUUCUGGAGAAGAACCUCUGCAACAACGGCACCUGCGAGGACAUCGGCAACAGCCACCGCUGCCACUGCAUGGAGGGCUACACCGGGUCCUACUGCCAAGAGGAGAUCGACGAGUGCGAGUCGGCGCCGUGUCAGAACGGCGCGAUCUGCAAGGACUCCAUCGGCUCCUACCAGUGCAUCUGCACCGAGGGUUUCCAGGGCCAGAACUGCGAACUCAACAUCGACGACUGCAGACCCAACCCUUGCCAGAACGGCGGCACUUGCCACGACCUCAUUCACGACUUCAGCUGCUCGUGUCCGUCGGGCACCCUGGGCAUCAUCUGCGACAUCAACAUAGACGACUGCGUCGUGGGCGCGUGCCACAAUAACGGAGUCUGCACGGACAAGGUUGGCGGCUUCGACUGCAAGUGUUCCCCCGGCUUCGUGGGACCGCGGUGCGAAGGCGACAUCAACGAGUGUCUGUCCAACCCCUGCGCCGCCCCGGGAACGCAGGACUGCGUGCAACUGAUCAACAACUACCACUGCAACUGCAAGCCGGGCUACAUGGGUCGACACUGCGAAAUCAAAGUCAACUUCUGCGACAGUUCCCCUUGCUUGAACGGCGGAGUGUGCACCGCGAAGCAGGCGGGCCACACGUGCCUCUGUCCUCGCGACUACUACGGCCACAACUGCGAAUUCGUCGGCUCCUACUGCGACACGGAGCCCUGCCUCAACGGGGGCUCCUGCAGAAUCAUAGACAACGACGUGGGCUACAAGUGCAACUGCCCGCCAGGGUCCACGGGCACGCACUGUGAGAUCGACUCGCGCAACGAGUGCGCCAGCAACCCCUGCCAGCAGCCCGGAGUCAUCUGCGAAGACCUCAUUGGAGACUACGCCUGCUACUGUCCGCCGAAGUGGACUGGCAAGAACUGCGAGAUCUACGACGCCAACUACCGCGGAGGCAACGGCAGGUCGGACUCGAAGGGCAGAAUCAAUUCUAAGGGGUCGAAGAUUCCUGGCAUUGACUACGACAUGGACUUGGAACGGGAGAGGAAAAAGUGCAUUGAAAAUCGGUGUGAGGAGAAGUCUGGAAACUAUCGUUGUGAUGAAGAGUGCAAUAAAUAUGCUUGCAACUUUGAUGGGAAUGAUUGCUCUUUAGGAAUCAAUCCAUGGAGAAAUUGUACAGCUCCAAUAAAUUGUUGGGACGUUUUUAUGAACGACGUAUGUGACGAAGUCUGCAAUAAUGCUCAAUGCCUUUACGAUGGUCGAGACUGCGAAAAGAAACUUGCACCUUGCAACCCCAUUUACGACGCCUACUGUAGGAAGCAUUAUGCCAACGGACAAUGCGACUAUCUGUGCAGCAGUGCCGAGUGCAACUGGGAUGGCUUGGACUGCGACAGGGAACCGCCAUCCAUUGCAGAGGGAGUUAUUUCUGUGGUGGUCAGAAUGGACAUGCAAAGUUUUCGAUCGAAUGUUGUAGCCUUCUUGAGAGAUAUUGGACACGAACUGAGAACAACUUUAAGAAUAAAGCAAGACGAACUUGGAAACGAUAUGAUCUAUCCUUGGAAAAGAGAGCGUGACUCUGGCCUGGAGACCAACUUCUUUGGUAGACCCACGACAAUAUACACUGACAAGCAAAAUGGAAUCGUUGCGUAUUUGGAGAUAGACAAUCGAAAGUGCAGUACAACAGAGGGAGGCGUUUGCUUCCACUCUGCUCAUGAAGCGGCUGAGUAUUUGGCAGCGUCCGAGUCAAAGCAUUCGCUUUCCAGAAAUUUCCCCAUUGAGGAAGUUCGUGGUGUUCAGACGGGACAAGAUCCAGAGUACUCGGACUCGGCAACGAAUUACAAAUACGUUUUCAUCGGCGUUAUAAUUGUAGUCUUGAGCGGCAUGCUGGUCGGCGUGUUGGUCACUGCGCAGAGAAAGAGAGCGGUGGGAGUCACGUGGUUUCCGGAAGGUUUCUUGAGGGCCAACACUGGAAGUGGGCCGCGUCGCCGGUCGAGAAGACGGGGACCGGACGGGCAGGAGAUGAGGAAUCUGAACAAGCAGCCCUCUUUGAACUGCAUGGAUCUGGACGUGAGUAAUGGUAGAGUGCAGCAGUGGUCGGACGACGAGUCCGACCUGCCGCCCUCGAAACGGAUGCGAGCUAUUGAGCCCGGAUACGCCAGCGACCACACGGCCAUCACUGACUAUGAGGAAACCGAGCCGAGAAUGUGGACCCAGCAGCACUUGGACGCGGCCGAAAUUCGCAGGCAAGACGCUGGCGUUCUCACGCCGCCGAGUCUGGAACACGGUCAGGACAUAGACGCCAGAGGUCCGUGCGGCAUGACUCCGCUGAUGGUUGCGGCCGUUCGCGGUGGCGGACUCGACACAGGCGAGGAGGAGGACGAGAGUGACGGGACUGCGGCCGUCAUAGCCGACCUGGUGGCCCAAGGAGCAGAUCUGAACGCCACGACGGACAAGAGUGGAGAGACCUCUCUGCACCUCGCGGCCAGGUACGCCAGAGCCGACGCGGCCAAACGACUCCUGGACGCCGGGGCUGACGCCAACUCCCAGGACAACACCGGCCGCACUCCCCUUCACUCCGCCGUCGCUGCCGACGCAAUGGGAGUGUUCCAAAUCCUCCUGCGCAACAGGGCAACGAAUCUCAACGCAAGGAUGCACGAUGGCACGACGCCGCUCAUCCUGGCGGCACGGCUCGCCACUGAAGGGAUGGUGGAAGAUCUAAUCAACGCCGACGCCGACAUAAAUGCAGCAGACAACAGUGGGAAGACUGCUCUCCACUGGGCCGCUGCGGUGAACAACGAGGACGCCGUGAACAAACUCCUCCUGCACAGCGCGAACAGAGACGCACAGGACGACAAGGACGAGACGCCACUGUUUCUCGCCGCAAGGGAGGGCAGCUACGAAGCCUGCAAGGCUCUGUUGGAAUGGUCCGCCAACAGGGAGAUCACCGAUCACAUGGAUCGACUGCCCAGGGACGUCGCGAGCGAGAGGCUUCAUCACGAUAUAGUCAGACUGCUAGACGAACACCUUCCGAGAUCACCACAAAUCAUAAACGUUAUACCAAAUGGCCCACUCAUGGGCUCACCCAAUCAUCAUCAACUCAUCACUCACCCAACAGUAAUUGGUUCGGCUCAGAAGCAAAGCAAGUCGAAGAAGAGGCCCAAGGCCGGUUCGGGAAAUCCCAACAGUCCAGACUCCGAGGGGGGAAUUAUCUCAGUGAGGCGAAAACCUUCCCUGAAGAAGGCGCCCGUGAAGCGCGGCGCGCAGCCCCCGAACCAAGACAUCCCCCAGGGAGCGGAGGGCGCCGAGGGCAACUUGCCGAGCCCCUACGACAGCGCCAGCCUCUACAGCAACGCGCUGCCGCUGGCGGGCAGCCAUACGACCACGUCGAAGCAGCCGCCGCCCUACGAGGACUGCAUCAAGAACCAGUCCAUCCAAGGCCUGCAGCAACUGGGCCUGGACACGUUCACCAACAACUUCAGUCUGCCGAACUUUCACGACCAGCUCCUAGCCCCCCACCAGCGCCAGACUCAGGGAAUUGUAAAUACCCUCUCCCCCCCGUACAGCAACCAGUCGCCCCCGCACUCAGUGCAGUCCAACAUGACGCUGUCGCCGCAGGCCAGCUACAUGGGGUCGCCGUCGCCCGCCAAGAGCAGGCCCUCGCUCCCCACCUCCCCGACACACAUCGUUGCCAUGCGGCAGGCCACGCACCAGAAGCACGGGGGAAUCCCCUCCGUGGGAUUCGACUUCGACACCCUCUCGUAUCCCUCGAAUCAGCAGCAGCAGCAGCAGCCGCUGCAACAGGCGCAGCAGCAGAUCCAGCAGCAGCAAACGCAGCAGCAACAAACCCAGCAAUACUAUCAAUAUUUAACACCGCCUUCACAUCAUUCAGGACCCGACGUCACGCCGCAACAUCUCAUGCAGGCGCCGGAGAGCUUCCCCACUCCGUCUCCGGACAGCCCCGGCCACUGGUCAUCGAGUUCGCCUAGGUCAAAUAGCGAUUGGUCUGAGUGCAUGGCAUCUCCAAAUGCAUAUGGAUCCAGUGGAGGACACCAAAGCAAUAAAGGCUCAGAAGCUAUUUACAUAUAAAUUUUUUCUAAUAUUUACAAAUGCGUUUUAUACUUGAAUUUUUUACAAUUUUCUAGAUCUGUGAUUAACUCUGUGUCAAGAAGAGAAAGAGAGAGAGAGAAAAAGAGAGUUAGCAAAAAAUGUUUUCCUGCUCAGAGAGAAAAUAAGAGUAAGUACAUAGUGAAAAUUAUGCUAUUCUAUAAAAGCCUAUUCUCUUGCAAUAGAAAGUUAAUGAAAAUUCUCGAAAUGUAAUGGCUAAGCCAAAAAAUUGGGCGUCCUUGCUUCAAUGCAAGAGUAGAACAAAUUUUUAUAUUUCCGCGUCAAGUUGUUAAUACAGUUUUUUUUAAACUGAACUGUAAACAAUUCUUCUACCCGAUUGAUUGAAUACUCAUGCAUAUCCGAUUAGUAGUUUCUGUCGAGACAAAUAAAUAAAAUACUAGGAAAGUAAAUUAUUUAAUCAGUCUCAAGAAAAUAACUUGUAAUUAAAUCUAUUAAAAAAUUUGUAAAGAAAUUCUUAUUGUACAAAUAAAAAUAUUGUAUUCACAUACAAUAUUUCGUAUUUUCCGUUGUUGAAAAUAGUAUUCAAUUAAAUAAUAAUGAAGCAAAACUAUUUUUCUCAGGUUUCGGAUAUUGACUUUUUCGACUUUUUCACACUAUUUUCAAAAAAUGCGACUUUUUUCGACUUUUCUUCUAAAUAUUACAACACAAUACCACAUUAUUGGUAUAAAAUUCAAGUAAUUUAAACUUUUAUAGU